AUGAAUCAUAACAGAGAGAAAACUUAUGAGUGUAGGUUAUGUGGGAAAACCUUUAGUUGUUCUUCAUCUCUCACUACGCACAUGCGUACUCACAGCGGAGAGCGGCCUUUUAAAUGUAAGGAAUGUGAGAAAGCCUUCAGUGAAGCCUCCUCCCUAACUCAACACAUAAGAACUCACAGUGGAGAGAAGCCAUACGAAUGUAAGGAGUGUGGGAAAGCCUUCAGUCGGUCCUUCUCGCUCACGACACACAUGCGAACUCACAGUGGCGAAAAACCUUAUGAUUGUAAGGAGUGUGGGAAAGCCUUCAGUCAGGCCUCAGCAUUCACUAAACAUAUAAGAAUCCACACAGGAGAGAAGCCCUAUGAAUGUAAGGAGUGUGGGAAAACGUUUCGUUGUUCCUCAUUUCUAACUAAUCAUAUGAGAAUCCACAGUGGAGAGAUGCCUUAUGAGUGUAAAGAGUGUGGGAAAGUCUUCAGGCAGGCCUCAGAUCUCAUCACACACAGAAGAAUCCAUAGUGGAGAGAGGCCUUAUGAAUGCAAGCAGUGUGGGAAAUCUUUUAGGUGUUCCUCACACCUCACUAGACAUAUGCAAACUCACAGUGGAGAAAGGCCUUAUGAAUGUAAGGAAUGUGGGAAAACCUUUAGUCGGUCCUUUUCUCUUAUUACCCAUAUGCGAACUCACAGUGGAGAGAAACCAUAUGAAUGUCGGGAAUGUGGAAAAGCCUUCAGGUUUUCCUCAGAUCUCACUAAACAUGUAAGAACUCACACUGGAGAGAAACCUUAUGAAUGUAAGGAAUGUGGGAAAUCUUUCCGCUGUUCCUCAUUGCUAAGUAAUCAUUUAAGAGUUCACAGUGGAGAAAUGCCCUAUGAAUGUACAGAUUGUGGGAAAGUCUUCAGGCAGGCUUCAGACCUCACUACACACAGAAAAAUUCACAGUGCAGACAGACCCUAUGAGUGUAAGGAGUGUGGGAAAACCUUUAGGUGGUCUUCACACCUCACUACCCAUAUAAGAUCCCACAGUGGAGAGAGACCUUACGAAUGUAAGGAGUGUAGGAAAACAUUCAGUCGUCCCUAUUGCCUGUCUGAACACAUAAGAAUUCACAGUGGAGAGAGGCCAUAUGAGUGUAAGCAAUGUGGGAAAACCUUUAGGUGUUCCUCGGACCUCACCAAACAUUUGCGAACACACAGUGGGAAGACGACUAUUGUCUUUGAUGACUGA